ACGGAUAAAAAGGCAGCGAGCUUCGGAGUUAGGAGGCCGUUGAAUCCCAAUCCUCAUCCCGCCAUUGGUAACAGUUGUAACAGUCCGAGAGUGGACAGCAUGCCACUCUUUGCAGCGUUGGGCACCAUUUGUGGUUACCCGAUGAGUAUAAUCCGAAAGAGGAACGUUUAUUUCAAAGUAUCAUCCUCGAUUGAAGGCCAUAAUCAAUCCAGAGUAAAGUACGAUUCUCUCAGGGUUCUAGAAUGGGACAAACUCUGCGACUGCGUCGCCUCUUUUGCCCGCACAUCCUUGGGUCGUCAAGCCACUAAGGCACAGCUUUGGUCUCUCGAUCAAACGUUCCAAGAGAGUUUGAGACUUUUACAAGAAACCAAUGCCGCAAUCCUAAUGCACAACCAUGGCUCUUUCAACUUGGACUUGACUUCCGUCGACCUUGCUCUCGUUAAAUCUGCCAUCAAACAGGCGCGGAGGGGCUUACCUAUAGAUGCAAACGCAGCAAUGGCUCUUGUGUCUCUACUACAGUUUAUUGAAGCAUUGCAGCUUAAUUUAAAAGCCGCAAUCAAGGAAGACUCUGAUUGGUAUAAACAAUUCAUGCCUCUUAGUGAAAAGAUUACGCAACUGGUUGUAAAUCGAUCAAUAAUUAAGUUGAUUCAGCAAGUUAUAGAUGAAGAUGGCACUGUUAAAGACUCCGCGAGUUCUGCCCUUAAAAAAGCACGUCAUCAAGUGCGAAUGCUUGAACGAAAGUUGCAUCACUUAGUGGAAAAUCUAAUUAGAAAUGAUACAAAAGAGGCAUCCCUUCUGGAGGCGAGUACUAUUGACGGUAGAUGGUGUAUAAGAUCAGGGACUGAUCAAAUGACGAGUUUUAAGGGUCUUCUAUUGUCCAGUGGUUCAGGACUAGGAAGUAUUAUAGAGCCACUUGCAGCUGUUCCUUUGAAUGAUGAGUUACAACAAGCGAGAGCAUUAGUGGACAAGGCUGAGGCAGAUGUGCUUUUGAUGGUGACAGAAAAGAUACAAAUGGAUCUCGAUGACAUUGAAAAGAUCUUGAGAAGUGCAAUUCAAUUGGAUAUUAUUUAUGCUCGUGCAACUUAUAGUCAUUCAUUUGGAGGGACAUAUCCCAAUAUAUACCUGCCAGAAGACAUCAAUGGAACUUUAAUGGCUGAAUCCUACAGAUCGAAGGACAAAACUUUACAGGCAUCAAAUACCAAUAAAGAAUGGAUUUUAUAUCUGCGUAAAGCUUAUCAUCCUUUAUUACUUCAGCAGCAUAGGCAAAAGCUGCACAUGGCUCGGAAGGAUGUCCGCAAUGCUACUGCUGAAAUCAGGAGAAGAAAACUGCAGGGAGAGAAUAUGGCAGUCAAAGGAGAAGCAGAUAUAGAUCUUUCAUCCUUGGAAAUGCAGUUUCAAGAAGAUUAUUGUCUUGAUUGCCAGGUUAGAGCACUAGAAGAAGCUCCCCCUGUGCCAACUGAUUUUUUUAUCGCUCAGAAGACGAGAGUACUGGUCAUAACUGGCCCUAAUACUGGUGGUAAAACUAUAUGCUUAAAGACAGUUGGAUUGGCUGCUAUAAUGGCAAAAUCAGGUCUUCAUGUUUUAUCUUCUGAAUCUGCAAAAAUUCCUUGGUUUGAUAGUGUUUUUGCUGAUAUUGGUGAUGAGCAGUCCUUGUCUCAAUCAUUGUCUACAUUCUCUGGCCGCUUGAAGCAAAUUAGUGAAAUUCGAUCACAGUCCACAAGUCAAUCAUUGGUGCUACUAGAUGAAGUUGGCGCAGGAACAAAUCCCCUUGAAGGAGCAGCAUUGGGAAUGUCUCUACUAGAAUCUUUUGCUAAAACUGGUGCCUUGUUGACAAUAGCUACGACACAUCAUGGUGAACUUAAAACUUUGAAAUACAGUAAUGAUACCUUUGAAAACGCUUGUAUGGAGUUUGAUGAAGAGAACUUGAAGCCAACUUACAAGAUUCUCUGGGGAGUACCAGGUCGUUCAAAUGCAAUCAAUAUAGCUGAAAGAUUGGGAGUACCCAGCAUAGUUGUUGAUAAUGCUCGUGAGCUAUAUGGUCCUGCUAGUGCAGAGAUUGAUGAGGUAAUAAUAGAUAUGGAAACAUUCAAGCAAAGUUUUCAAGAGCUUAUACAUGAGUCUCGGCAUUAUUUGAUGCUGUCAAGAAGUCUUCAUGAGAAGCUAUUGCUCACCAGAAGAAAGCUUAAAGAUCUUGGCACUGAUCAAAGAUAUAAGAUGAUGCAAGUACUAUCUGAGGCUGCUGCAGUAGCUCGAUCUACCCUUCACAAAAGGGUACAGCAGCUUCGUACAUCCACAAUGAAACAAUCUCAACUCAGUAAAGCAAGCAAGCAUACACUACCAAGUAAUUACAAGCAUGCUACAUCAGUUGAAACCAAGCAGCGGAGUACCAAUGUGGGUUCAUCCUCUAUUCAAGUUAUUAAACAACCACAAUCAGAAAAAAUUACUGGGCUUCCGAAGGUUGGUGAUAUGGUGCAUGUUUCAUCCCUCGGCAAGAGAGCAAUGGUUUUAAGAGUAGACACAUAUAAGGAAGAAAUAGUAGUUCAAGCCGGAAACAUGAAGCUUAAGUUAAAACUAAUUGAUGUUCAGACAUGAAUGGUGAGGGUAGUAUGAUUAUGGGCACUUUUUUGCUUGAUGCUGUUUCGUUGAUUUCAGAAUAGCAUACUCACUUGUCGAUAAAUUUUUCUUUCAUAAUUCUUUAUACAAUGGCAUAUAUGUGCAUAGAGAAAUCAA